AUGUCCCUCUUCCAACCCUCCGCCUCAGCCCUCCACACCCUCAAAUCCACCCCAAAGACCAUCGUCAUAACAGGCGGCUCCUCCGGCAUCGGCCUCGCAACCGCAACGCUCCUCUCUUCCCUCAAUCCCUCCCACAACCUCGCCCUCAUCGACCUAAACGCCCCGCCACCCUCCUUCGCCCACUCCCCAUCCCAUCUCCUCGUCCACACCUGCAACAUCACAUCCUGGAAAGACCAACGCGCUGGCUUCGAAGCCGCCUACCAGAAGUUCGGGCGGAUCGAUUGCGUGUUUGUAAAUGCAGGCAUCGCAGAGUACAAAGAUCAGUUCUUCGCCGACGACUUAGACGAGGAGGGGAGAUUGAAAGAGCCGGACCGCCGCGUUCUAAACAUUGACAUGGACGCCGCCAGUGACACGACGAAACUCGCAAUACACUAUCUGCGCAAGCACCCCGAGGGCGGACAAAUCGCCCUUACAGCCAGCUUAGCAGGCUAUUUGGCCUCUGCUGGCGCACCCUUAUACUCCGCCGCUAAGCACGGUAUCGUAGGCCUCAUGCGCGCGCUCAAGCAAGAAUGCGCCAAACUGCAAAUCUCCAUCUCCGUAGUCGCACCCGCUAUCACAGUAACGCCUAUUAUAUCCUCGGGCAACCGCGAGACGGGCAUGUCGCCCGACGCGUGGGCGAAAGAGAUGGCUGCCGUCGGCGUGCCGAUCAACAAGGCCGAAUCGAUUGCCUUGGCCGUGUGCUGGUUAUUCAAUGAGGGAUUGAAGGCGAACGGCGCAGGGAUCUUCGUGCAGGCGGACAAAUUUGUGGAUUUGGAAAGGGGACUCGCGAGGACGCGAGAGCUGUGGAUGAGUAAGGAGAUGUUGCAUGAUUUUCGGGGUGGACGAAGAGCGCCACUUUUUAACAGGUUGGAUGGCGAAUUCCCUUCGAGGGCGAAGAUCUAG